AUGAGAAGCACCCACGAAUCAUCCCCACGGGAAGGGGGAUAUCCAGACGCCUUUGUGCCGAAUCCAGACCAUCCAGGAGCGAACCCAAACCACGACGGGCUGCUUCCCUCCCACAACGAGAAAGUCCACCAUGCCGACAGCGCGAUUUUUCGCGUCGACACUGCUGGUGAGAGUGGUCGAAGCGGGAUCCAUCCGUUUCUGUUCUUGAAGGUUUGCUUCAGGAGCACCUGCACCUUGUCCAUGUUGGUGAACGUCCUCUGGCCGUUUGUUCCGCCGGCUAUUGUGCUCCAUUUUGUUCGACCAGACCUUCACGUAUGGGUCUUUGCGCUUAACUAUAUCGCCAUGGUUCCUUCGGCGAAUCUUCUUGGUUUUGCCGGUGGGGAGUUAGCGAAAAAGCUACCCAAGGUGCUUGGUGUUCUACUGGAGACAACCCUGAGCUCGGUCGUCGAGAUUGUUCUUUUUAUGGUUUUGAUCAAAAAUGACAGUUUUGUCGUCAUCCAGGCCGCUAUCCUGGGGUCGAUCUUGGCAAAUCUUCUGCUCUGCUUGGGAUUAUGUUUCUUCCUCGGUGGUUUUGGGCGGGAAGAACAGGUCUUCCAUGAAGCAGUUAGCGAAGUUGGCUCGGGGCUCCUGCUGGUUGCAGGGUUCGGGCUGCUAAUUCCGAGUGCUUUCAACGCAGCUGUGCUCUCCAAAGCCACCGCACCCCUCCCGGAGGCACUCCUGAAUGAAUACACAUUGACCAUUAGCAGAGCAACUGCUGUGCUCCUCCUUGUUGCCUUCCUCAUGUACCUAUUCUACAACCUCCACAGCCAUCACAGCAUCUUCGACGAGGUCCUCGAGAAAGACGAGCAUCGGGAUGAAGAUCGGGAGGAGGAGAAGAGACGUGCCAAACUCACCCUGGUUGAGUGUCUCAUCGCUAUUGCGGUGUCGCUUGCAUGCGUGUGUAUGUCGGCUGUUUUCUUGGUCCAAGAGAUCGAGCAUAUCGUCGAGAGGGGAGUACCGGAUAAUUUUAUGGGCCUGAUCCUGGUUCCGCUGGUUGAAAAGGCAGCGGAGCAUUUGACGGCCAUCGACGAAGCCUGGGAUAACCAAAUCAACUUCGCCUUGUUCCACUGCCUUGGCCCAUCGAUCCAGACCGCCCUGUUGAAUGCACCGCUUGUGGUGAUCGUUGGCUGGGGCCUCGGAAAGGACAUGGGGUUGAACUUCGAAAUCUUCAUGAUCGUCACCGUUGUCUUGUCUAUUCUUGUGGUCGGAAAUUUCCUGAGGGAUGGCAAGUCCAACUACCUUGAAGGCGGGCUCUGUGUGUUGAUUUAUGUUAUUAUCGCGGUCACCACCUGGUACUACCCAGCAGUGCAUGAAGCCGCCCAUGCGCCGGCCCAUGGAUCCUAG